GGAAAGCGAGACUGAGAGCUUAAUGUAAACAGAAGAAUGAGAACGGGAGAAUACGGUGUUUUGGUAUGUGGCUAGCUAGUUUGCUAGCUAGCUAGCAAGCACAGUUCAGAAGGAUUGACAAUAGAACGGUUAAUACAAGCGAAAACAUCAAUAGCAACCCAAUUUCUUUAGGAAGGAAAGACUGUUAGUUGAGAAGUCCGGGGGAUUUCGACAGAAAAAGGCGCUGACAUCACUGCUUGAUUGAAGGGACACUGUGAGAAAACUGCUAACGUUAACAAGCGCUUUAGCUAGCUAGCCAACAAGGUAGCAAGCAGGCUAAGUGCUACUCGGCCGUUCCGUUCCUUUGGCCCAGUGCCCCCACCCCCUGUCGGGAUGACGCGUUGGGGUUCCUGGGGUAUGGGAGCCCGCCUGGUGGUGCUGAUGGUGGCUCUGUGCCUCUCUCUGUCGCCCUCUCCUGGACACGCGUACAUCUACGCCCAUUACAGCAACAGGACGUCUAUGGUGUUUGAAGACCUGCCUGCUCUCUUCGGGAACCAGCUGCCAAAAGAUGGAUUGCUGGGGGUGCUGGUGGAGUCUCGGCCACUCAACGCCUGUCUUCCCAUCGAGCCGCCGCCCACGCCGCUCACUCCUAUCUCUGCCAACCUCACCAAGUUCAUCGUCCUCAUCCAGCGCUUCGACUGCAAUUUUGACAUCAAGGUGCUGCACGCCCAGCAGGCAGGGUACAGCGCAGCCAUCGUUCACAACAUGCACUCAGAUGUCCUGCUCAGCAUGGGCUUCAGCGAUGAGAGCAUCGUGCAGCAGAUCGAGAUCCCAUCAGUCUUCACCAGCUACACGGCCUCCCAGCUGCUCAAGAGCUACGUCAUUCCCGAGAGAGGGGCCUACGUUGUCCUCAGGCCCGAGUUUUCCUUCCCUCUGUCCUACUAUCUGAUCCCCUUCACUGGAGUGGUGGGCAUCAUCAUCCUGGUCAUGAUCACCGUCCUGAUUGUGCGCUGUGUGCAGUACAGGAAGAGGAUGCGGAGGAACAGACUGAGCAAAGAACAGCUAAAGAAGAUUCCUGUUCACAAGUUUAAGAAAGGUGAUGAAUAUGAUGUAUGCGCCAUCUGCCUCGAUGAGUAUGAAGAUGGUGACAAGCUGAGGAUUCUGCCCUGUUCACAUGCCUACCACUGUAAGUGUGUGGACCCCUGGCUGACCCAAACCAAGAAGACCUGUCCCGUGUGCAAGCAGCGCGUGACCCGGCCCAACCCCGAGUACUCCGAGUCCGAGUCCGACGGGGAGGCCGGCGGGGCGGCGGCCAGCGAUGAAGAAGGCGGGGCGGAGGCGGAGUCGGAGCGCACCCCGCUUCUCCGCCCCUCCAACCCCGGCUCGCCCUCCUCGGGCAGCCCCGGGGCCUACGCCGCCACGGUGACGGCGGCCCAGUGCCUCGGCUCGGCGGCCUGCUCCGACUCGCCCAUCCUGGGCCACGAGGGCUACUACUCCCCGGAGGAGGACUCGGCCAGUUCCGACGGGGACGGGGACGGCGACGGCGACGACGCCAGCCUGUCGGACGGAGACACCGCCCACCUCCUGAGGAAUGGCGCGAUCGGGGUCUGAGGGGCCGCGGGGAGUCGCUCGUCUUCUCUGAGAUUUCCCCGAGUCGCGCUGCUACACGUUUCUGCUGUCUUUCGCUCACCACCGUUUCUCACUUCUUUUCCAGACCUCCGAUCCCUUCUGCUGCCUUUUUCGCCUGUCUCCAUUCCCCCAACCCAGCAGCAAAAUCUGUCCCCAGUUUCAGUAUCCCCACUCACUCUGUCUGUCCUGUGUCUGUCCCUAUCUCUAAAUCCAUUUGAUCUCACUCGGCACUAAAUAAACAGUUAUGGGCACUAAUUAGUUUGCAGGUAUAGGCUUCAUCUGUCUCAAUGCAGCUGGCAGAAAGUAGCCAUAAUUGUGCCAGGGGAAACUCAAGCUCAAGGAAAAAAUUCAAGCUACUAGCUAAUUCAAAAAUUAAUGUUUGAUGGCGUCAUUGGCAAACAGUUUCUUCAAGUGAGGGAUUUUUAAGUUGAAUCAUUUGUCUGGGUUUACAGAUGCUCCAGAAAUGAGUCGGUCAUUAACUGAGAGCAGUCCUGCUUUCUACUUUAUAUAUUACCAGAUAGGUGAAAUGGCCAUUGUGAUAUGGCCUUGCACGCUCUGUGUCUGUGCACGAGCUUGAACGUGUUCGAAAGGGGUCGCAGCUGUGGCUCCUUCGGAAGUCAGGCAUUGAUCUCAUGGUAUCUUUAGCAGAUGCCUUUUUUAACCUGAAAUUGUCAUCUGUUAGGUAGCGUAAAUCAACUUAAUUUUGGCUGGGAUCAGUGGUAUGUGGCCAGAGCGUAAAAAACACCCGAUUUAUUUGCCCAAACAUGGAAAAACAUCUCCUAUUGUGGAGAAAUUUGCACUCUUUUUUUUUUUUUCCCCAAAAAUAUUUUUUUGCUGCUCAGACUUCAUUUUUGUACAACCCCCCUCUCCCCUUUCAUACAUUUGGAUUGUAAUGGAUUUUAGGCAGUCCUCAGUAGCACACAGAUGUGUCCAGUGUCCACUGUCGGGCACCUUAAUGUAAUAUUGAGAAAUGUUUAGUCUGUUUGGUCAGUGUUGUUUUCAUGUGGCCUUUGUAAUAUUUGAGUUAUCUAGAACCUUCUAGCUGGGGAGGGAGGGAGGAAGGGGGGGAGGAAGGGGGGGGGGAUUGGGGGAUGAGGUGUACUACAGAUAGCCAGCCCACUUUGGUGGUCAUGGUAACAAGAUUCUUCUGCUUUCUGCCUAAAAAUGAACAGGCCGAAACUUGUCGCUGAAGGAAUUGCUAGCACUGUCUUCACACUACUGCGGCUGCUUACCAUUUCAGGCUCACUACCUUCAUGUGUAACAUGACGCUUAAAAUGUUACCUUUACUGUUUUAUCUUUGUUUUGUUGCUCUUUUAGUGAUGUUACAUUUAUGUUCUGUGUUCUAACUGUACCUGUUCAGUCCCACACUAAAACAUCUUUAUUUCUUAUUUUUUAUAUAGAUUUUGGGUGGGAGUAUCUGAUUUUUGGAGGAGAAUUGAUCUACUUGGAAGUAAUUGAUUAAUUCUCUUGCCCCUUUCCCUGUUGUACUGUUAAUGCAAUAAGGACUGUUUUUGUUUUUUUAGUAAGUUUAAUCCAAUAGCGCAAGGUGUUACAUUUGGCUUGUUUUGUAUGGAUGUACAGUAAUCUUUGGAGGGGAUCUUGUGGAGGUUGGGUGUAUUCUGUUGCAGUAGGACAUUGUAAGUCUGUCAUUCUAAAAUGGAAGGUUUAUUAUGGGCAAAUAUUACCAUGAACAAAAUAAACUAGUGAAACACGCUCUCAGGAACAUUACACUUUGAUGAAAAAACUGUCAUGAUGAUUGAAAUGCAGUUCACCAGACCGCCACAGUAUGUUAGUGAAUUGCCAUGCAGAUCAGUGUAAAAGGUUCUUCACCAUUACGGAGUGUAAGGCCACAGGUUUCUGUGUUCCGGCUGGAAGAGGCUUGACUUGGUUAUGCGCCACACACCCAUACAUCCAUAUCCAGGCACACGCCUACACCCAAGUGCAUUUCACAUUUCGUAUGGAUAACUGUGGUUUGGAUUUUCGUCUGAGCAUGUUGUUUUCUUGCUGGCACCGGGUACUCCAGUGCAAAUGGGUUCAGCACAAAUGUACACUUCUUAUACAGUUGGAAUUGAUUCCUUUCAUCGUUUGCAGUCAAGGCAAACCCAGCUCUGGCUCUGGCUCUUCUCUGUUAACCUCUUCAUAUGUUAUACACCUGUGAAGACCAAUAUAUGGUGCUCUAGCAACAGCAAGUGUGAGAAGUUCCUGACUUUGCACAAUAAUGAAUGUACUGGUAGAGUUCCCUUUGUGACUCAUUAAUGUCUCAUGCAGAAUUCACCAAAAUGCAGUGCAAGUGAACGAUCGGCCUCAGAUAAGGGCAUCUUCUGUCUGUAGCUGCAGAUUCAUGGAAUGGCAGACAUGGCCCAGAGACCAAUAAGCUGCAAGAUGGCAGGAGAGCAGUCAAAAAAUCUUAAUGUUAAGCCACUAUGGAGCAGUUUGAAUUAAUCUAAGCAUCGUAUACCUGAAACUGAUAACAUGGGUACCUGAGGUACAUGAAUGUGUACAGGUAUCAAAAACCGAUGGCUCUUCAAGGCUGCCAUUUGCUUUUUUUAAAGACUCUGCAGCAUAGGUUUCACUUUUGAGAUGCCACAAAAUGGCACUCCUUUCGAGAUGCCACAAAAUGCAUUCCAGUGAACUUGAAAUCAGUUUAGUUUUUUCUGUAAUAUGUUCAAUCCAGAAAUCACACCACACCUUUAAAUUGUCUUUUGGCUGUCAAAGGUGUUAAGUACACACACGGUGCUGUGGUGGUCUUCCAAUUAAAGCACAGAGCUGUUUCACCUUGACUUUUAAAUAAAUGAAGUUAGCGUUACCGAUUAUUUGUCUUUAUAUUUAGCUCAUAACUAAUUAAAGUAGAAACAAUAGUACAUUGACUUUAAUUCCAACAGUUUAGGUUUGAAAUUGAACCCAUCUUACCUGGAAGUUUACUGACUAUAUGAAAUCACUAUUUACAUUUUGAUAUAGACUUUGACGUUCUCAACUGUCAAUUUUGAAUUAACUCCGCUUAGAUGUGAUUAGAUGUGUGGUUGUACAUGUGUUUUCAUCACUAGUCAAGUUGGUUUUUUUUAAGAUGAUAAUAUUUUCCAUCUUUGGAUUUUUAAUUCAAAAAGAUUUCUAGCUGUGACACUAGUAACAGGAAUACAAAUAACAAUAAUCACAGUUCUUGUUCUCUAAAUGGGGACCAAAUUCUUACUGUGUAAUGAUACUAAUGAAAUAUCUUUAUUUUUUACUUGUAUCAAUGUGCUUUGUGUCGCUUUAUGACUCAUAACCUUCUGACCCCUCCAGCUUCACCCUGCAUAGAUUUUUAUAUUUUGUAUGUAUCUUCUUUUAGUCUGUGCCAUAAAGAGAAUAUGACCGAUUUA